GCAGGCGCAAUGGUCUCCGCGGGCUUGCGCGCGCACUCGCUGCGGGACAAGCUUCUGGAAGCUCUUUGCGGUGGCGUUGGUGCUGUUUGCGGAUGCUGGUGCAGUUUCUGCAGGACUGUAUACUGGAUUCCUGGAACCUUUGAUAUUCCUGGCUGUGUAUAGUGCCUGUUGGUGGACUGUACUGAUACUCAACUAGAGUGUGAAGGGACUGGAUUCCUGCCCCUGAGACACAGUACAAGCUGUAGUACCCUUGAACAAGAUGACAGCCAUCUCACCAGACCCUCAAACUCUGGCCUCGACUGAACAAAAUGAGGUCCCAAGAGUGGUUACUUCUGGGGAGCAAGAAGCUACUUUAAGAGGAAAUGCUGCUGAUGCAGAGUCUUUCAGACAGAGGUUUAGGUGGUUUUGUUACUCAGAAGUAGCUGGACCCAGGAAAGCUCUGAGUCAACUCUGGGAGCUCUGCAAUCAGUGGCUGAGACCAGACAUUCACACGAAAGAACAGAUUUUAGAGCUUCUGGUGUUUGAGCAGUUCCUGACCAUUUUGCCUGGGGAGAUCAGGAUUUGGGUAAAGUCGCAACAUCCUGAGAGUAGUGAGGAAGUGGUGACCCUAAUAGAAGAUUUGACCCAGAUGCUUGAAGAAAAAGAAGAUCCAGUCUCUCAAGAUUCUACUGUGUCCCAAGAGGAGAACUCAAAAGAGGAUAAAAUGGUCGCUGUUUGUCCCAAUACUGAGUCCUGUGAAUCUAUAACAUUGAAGGAUGUAGCUGUGAACUUUUCAAGAGGAGAGUGGAAGAAGCUGGAGCCUUUUCAAAAGGAGCUAUAUAAGGAAGUGCUACUGGAAAACCUCAGGAACCUAGAAUUUCUGGACUUUCCAGUUUCAAAAUUAGAGUUGAUUUCCCAGCUAAAGUGGGUUGAAUUGCCAUGGCUGCUGGAAGAAGUCUCAAAAGGCUCCCGAACAGAUGAAUCAGCUUUAGAUAAAAUAAUACAAAGAUGUCUCAGGGAUGAUGAUCAUGGCUUGAUGGAAGAAUUCCAGCAAUAUUGUGGCAGCUCAGAGAAGGAUCACGGUAAUCAGGGAAAUUCAAAGGGAACAGUCACACAAAACAAAACUCUUGGGAGCAGCAAUAGGGGUAAGAAAUUUGACCCAGAUAAAAGCCCCUUUGGACAUAAUUUCAAAGAAACUUCAGACUUAAUUAAACAUCUGAGAGGCUAUUUGAGGAAGAAAUCUCGGAGGUAUAAUGAAAGCAAGAAACCCUUCAGUUUUCAUUCAGACCUUGUUCUGAACCGCAAGGAGAAAACCGCCGGAGAAAAGUCAUGGAAAUCUAAUGACGGUGGGAAAGUCUUGAGUCACUCUUCAGCUCUUACUGAACAUCAGAAACGUCAGAAGAUUCAUUUGGGGGAUAGGUCCCAAAAAUGCAGUAAGUGUGGGAUAAUCUUUAUUAGAAGAUCAACUCUUUCUAGGAGAAAAAUCCCUAUGUGUGAGAAAUGUCGGAAAGAUUCAUGUCAAGAAGCAGCCUUAAAGAAAGAUGAGGGAAAUGAGACUGGAGAAAAAACUCAUAAAUGUAGUAAAUGUGGAAAAGCCUUUGGCUAUAGCGCCUCACUCACCAAACAUCGGAGAAUUCACACUGGAGAAAAACCCUAUAUGUGUAAUGAAUGUGGAAAAGCUUUUAGUGAUAGUUCAUCACUCACGCCACAUCAUAGAACUCAUAGUGGAGAGAAACCCUUCAAAUGUGAUGAUUGUGGGAAAGGUUUCACCCUAAGUGCUCACCUCAUUAAACAUCAGAGAAUUCAUACUGGAGAAAAACCUUAUAAAUGUAAAGACUGUGGGAGACCCUUCAGUGACAGUUCAUCUCUUAUUCAACACCAGCGAAUUCAUACUGGAGAAAAACCCUAUACAUGUAACAAUUGUGGAAAAUCCUUCAGUCAUAGCUCAUCCCUUUCCAAACAUCAGAGAAUUCAUACUGGAGAGAAACCCUAUAAAUGUGGCGAAUGUGGAAAAGCCUUUAGACAGAAUUCAUGCCUUACCCGGCAUCAGAGAAUUCACACUGGAGAAAAACCGUAUUUGUGUAAUGAUUGCGGAAUGACUUUUAGCCAUUUUACGUCUGUGAUUUAUCAUCAAAGACUUCAUUCAGGAGAAAAACCCUACAAAUGUAACCAGUGUGAGAAAGCCUUCCCAACCCAUUCACUGCUUAGUCGUCAUCAGAGAAUUCAUACUGGUGUAAAACCUUAUAAAUGUAAAGAAUGUGGGAAGUCCUUCAGUCAGAGUUCAUCUCUUAAUGAGCACCACCGAAUUCAUACAGGAGAGAAACCCUAUGAGUGUAACUAUUGUGGUGCAACCUUUAGUCGAAGCUCAAUCCUUGUAGAACACCUAAAAAUUCAUACCGGAAGGAGAGAAUAUGAAUGUAACGAAUGUGAGAAGACAUUUAAAAGUAAUUCAGGCCUCAUUAGACAUCGGGGAUUUCACUCUGCAGAGUAAUCAUGGAGCUACAUUAAAGAGGGGGGAAUUUAAUUCAAAUUGUCAGUUACUGAAACUCUGGGAUGUAAACUUACAAUAUUGAUCAGUAGCUGCAACUUUCAUAAAUUGGCAGUUAGGAAAAAUAUUCUUUUGCCCAUUCAUCCCUCUUCUUUUCAAGGAUGGCAGCGGCUGGUAAACAGUAAUUAGUUGGUAAAGUCACUGGAAAGGGAAGAAUGCAAAAUGAUUCUGAGGCCAAACGAAUUGGAAAAGCUCUUUUCUUCAGGGAAUUUCCCUCUGAUUUCUUCCACUACCAUGUAGUGUGAUGGAAAGAGAACUUGACUGCAGUCAGAGAACUUGGAUUCUGUCCCAGUUUGCCAACUAACUUGCUGUAUAUACCCUGGACAAAUCAUUUGACCUUUCAGAAUUUUUUUUUCAUCACCAGCAGAAUGAAGGGAUGGGACUAAUGAUUUUUGCCUUUUUUGGUUUUUUAGUUUUUGUUUUUUUGGUAUUCCUGAUAAUCUCUGAAGCUGUGGACAUAAGUUUUAUUUUUUUUAUUUGUCAUUACUUUCAAGUUUCUGUAGUAAAAAAUACCACUAUUCAGGAUGCUGGACUUCUUUUCUUUUCUUUUUUUUUUUUUCCAUUUUUCUUUUUUGGGAUGGAGUCUCACUAUGUUGCCCAGAGUGGUCUUGAACUCCUGGGCUCAAGUGAUCCUUCCAUCUCAGUUUCCUGAGUAGCUGACAUUACAGAUACACUCCACCAAGCCUGCUUCCUAGGAUGCUGGACUUCUAGCUUAGUGAGAAUGCAGUAUACUUUUUGAAAACUUCGUGCAGGAAUCCCUCAAAUGCUGUAAUUAGGAAUAGGUCAGUGAAGCUCAAACGACUUUUCCUUGAGGGAGUAUUGUAAUUGGACAAGGGUACUCUCUUUUGGCAUUGGCCAAGGGGACUGAGAAACCAGAGAGCUUGCACCUGAGCCAUCUCAGCCAUGAGAGUAAGAGUCCUAGGAAAAUAGAUGGGGGCUGGGGGUAAGGAAGUGUGCUGAAGACAGCUGUUCUGAAUGGAUUUUGGUUUGCAAAAAUUCUACUUAAACAAUUUUGCCUGUAGCAAGUACAUUUUUUUGCAAUUGGAGUGUAAACAUUCUGUAUGGCAACAGUUAAAAGCUGUUCUAACAAUUUACUUGGGGCGUGUGUGUGUGUGUGUGUACACGUUAUUGCCGCUAUCUAAACUUAGGGCAUUUCAUACUAAAAACAAAGCUUGUCUUAAAAAAAUUAUAAGGGCUAAUGACACUAGGCUUAUAUUUCUGUAAAGCACUCAGCUGGUCCUGGGUAGCAGCUGCCACCUUUUGAUGGGGAAUUGACUUUCUGACUUAGCUAGUUCUCUCAUGUAUGUAACCUAACUUUCCCACUGUAGGAAUGUUCUAUUACAACCCCUACCAUUUGGAGAAUAGGUACCCUAAAAUCUAAAGAGACCCCACUGAUAGCAAGUAAAGUUCAGGGAAUGAAUGUAGAAUUGAUAGAGAAAAAAUUUUCAGUUAAGUUUUCUUUUGUGAAAUUAGACCUCAGAGGAAUGGAAUAUACGGGUAUUGGUGGAUUAUUCCUUAUAAAUUUCAUUGAUGGAGUCUGAAUAAUAAUUUCCAACUGAAAAAGGAACUUAAGGCCCUGAAUGAGUGAGGUUUUGGCUUCAGGUCAUAGGGUUCUGGAGGAACUUCAUGGACUCAACAGUGGUCUAGAAAUAAGUUCCUAAAGUUGAAAUUGUAGACAGCUCCUAUAAAAAGAGAGCUAAACCAGAAAACUCUUGGUUUAUGGAAGUAAAGCAAUCCUUAAUGCUGAUCUUAGACUCAGGAACAUUUACUGUGACUAACGUAUGUAGGUGUGAAAUGCUACCUCUGGGAGAAGGUUUUUGGUGCCUCCCCAACCCCAAGCCUGCAGUUUAAAUAUUGCUGUGUGAUAAAUUGGUCUGCAUAGUUAUUGCUGAGCAGACCAACCAAUCACAUUCUAGCCAUGAAAGGAAUGUUUAUUAUGAGAAUCAUUCAUAAUGGUUUUAAGUUUUUUUCUGAAAAGACAAAAAACUUGGUUUAAGUUUUGUUUUCUGAAAAAUAUAAUUUAUAGAAAGACUUGAAGAAAUACGUAAAAGUCUUCAGAAGAGGCUUGUUCCAGGAUGAUUAGUCUUAGACUUCCGAACAUUCAUAACAAUGUUUUAUCCCAGUAUCCAUUGGGAAUCUGGAGUAUAAACUUUUUUUAAAGGAAUUUAUUGAGGUACAAAUUACAUAUCAUUAAAACCAUUUCAAGUGUACAAUUCAGUGAGUUUUAGUAAAUAUGCUGAGUUGUGCAACCAUUACCAUAAUCCAUUUUUUUAUAACAUCAUCCCAGUAAGAUACCUUAUUCCAGUUUACAGUUAAUCUCCCUUCCAAUGUCUAAUCCCAGAUACCCACUACUCAGUCUACUUUGUGUCUCUAGAGUUGUCUUUUUCUGUACAUUUUAUGUUUAUGUGUGAUCUGUGUUUUUUAUUAAUGUGUUUUAAGUUCAUCCAUGUUGUAACAUACUAGUACUUUAUUCCUUUUUAUCAUAAAUAAUAUUACAUUAUGUGGAUCCCUUGUGCAUUCACUAGUUGAAGAACAUUUGAGGUUUUUCCAGUUUUUGCCUGUUAGAAAUAAUGCUGCUUUGAACAUUGGUAUGCAAGUGUUUUGAACAUUAGUGUCCAAGUCUUUGUGUGGACAUGUUUUCAUUUUUCUGAGGCAGGUGCCUGAGGGGAGUUGCUAGGUCAUACGGUAAAUUUUUGUUUAACUUUGUUAGGAAACUGCCAAAUUGUUUUUGAAAGUGACCGCAUUAUUUUACGUUCAGACUAGUAAUGUGCGAGGGUUCCCAUUUCUCUGCAGUCUUGCCAGUCAUUGUUGUGUGUUUUUUAAAAAUUAUACCCAUCCUAGUGUUUGAAAUAAUAUUCCUUUGUGGUUUUAACUUUGAUUUUCCUGAUGGUGAAUAAUGUCAAAGCAUCUUUUAUGUGCUCUUCAGCCAUUCAUGUAUCUUAGUGAAAUGUUUAUUCAGAUUUUUUGUCCAUUUAAAAAUGGAGUUGCUGAUAUUGUGUUCUAGUCCUUUUUAUUCUGGAUAUAAGUCCUUUAUCCAAUAUGAACUUUCUGAAUACCAUGUACUAGCUACAGAGGGCAGCCUCAAACUCUGUUGGAUAAUAUUUAUCAAAGUCUUGAUUCCAGUAGCUAAGUCUGUAUAAUUGCCUGCAGCACAUUCAGUCUGGCCCAUCACCCAAAUAUUUAAAUUCACUCUUGGAUUAAGUCAGAUUAUCAAAAGGCUUUAAAUGUCUUUUGAUUUCAUUAUAGGAUUGCUUUUAUUAAGAGCACUGUGACACAUUUUACUUUAAAAUGAAGUCCUUGCUUUAAAUAAUGUUUCUUCUUAAUGAGCUUGUAUAAAUUUUUUUCACGUCACAGGACAAGGCAAGGUUUUGGUCAAUAAAGUCACUUUAUUUAUUUUAGAAUUAUUUUUUAAUAUAGUAAAAUAUAUAUAGCAUAAAAUUAACCAUGUAAAUACUUUUUGGUUAUACAACUCAGUAGCAUUUAGAUAGAUUGACAUUUUGUGCAGUCAUCACCACUAUCCAUCUCCAGAACUUUUUCAUCAUCCCAAACUAAAACUCUGUACUCCUUAAACAAUAACUCCCCAUUUUCUCCUCCUCAGGCUCCUGGUAACCACUGUUCUACUUCCUGUCUGUACAGAUUUGACUGUUCUAAUUACUUGGUACGAAUGGAAUCAUACGAUAUUUGCCCUUUUGUGUGUGGCUUAUUCCACUUAGCAUUAUGUUUUCAAGGUUCUACUGUGUUGUAGCACAUAUCA